AAAAGAACGAGUAGACAAAAGCUACACGUUCCCUCUUAGAGUAGACAGAGAGAGACUGCAGAUUUUCUUCUCCCACGAGAGAGCGAAGGUGGUCGGUUCUUUCCUAGCUUGAUAGAUGGAAGAAGAGAGGAGAAAGAGGCCCGCCCUUCUCUUCCCACCCAAUGAAGAAAAGGAAGAAGAAGAAGAAGAAAAGAUGGAGAAGUUCUUUGCACUUCUUAGAAGCAUUAGAGCUACAAAAGAUAGAUGGAUACAUGAGAUAAAUAAAUCAAAGAAGAGGAAAUUAAGAGAAGAGAAAAAGGAGGGUUGGACUCCAUCUUUUGAGUGGGAAGACUUCUCUCAAAUGACUGAGUUGAAAAGGGCAGAUAUUCCUGCAAGUUCCUCUAACAAGGCAGUAGAAAAUGAAGAAGAUGGUUCGCGUCAGGCAGCUGGGUUCUUUAUAUGAUCAAUCAAAGAUGGCCCAGUUCAUGGAUUACACACAAAAAAGAUUGGAGAUAUUUCCUUAGGGCGUAUUUGGAUUUAAGAAAAAGUAAUUGUAAUUUUGUUUCGAUGAAGAUUCGUUUCCAAGAAAUUGAUGGAAAUGAAGACUUGCUUAUGCUGUUUGUUUAACAUUGACAGUAGACUUGGUUAGGAUAAACUAAUGAUGGGCCCCACUAAAGACACCAUGCUUAUGAUUAUUUAAUAAUGGGCCACACAUGGUUAAUGAUAAUCUAACGAUGGAACGUUCAUGGCAAUAGACAUGGUUAGGAUCGAAUAACAAUGGUCUGUACAUGUUUAAGAUCAUCCAUGGAUGGUCCACAUGGAAAUAUAGAUGGUUAGGAUCAACCAACAAUGGAUAGGCGAACAUACCAAUUCAUAUGGUUAGGAUCAUCUUAAUGUGAGAUUCACAUGGAAAUACAGUGGUUGGGAUUCGUUGGUGGGAUCCUUAGGGCUGUAGCUCAGACCAAUGGUCGGGUUUCAGGCCUCAUUGAUAAAAGGAUCCGUGAAUGCUAGCUUUAAUGACUUUUCUUAUUGAAGCC